UUGUCAUUUACUACCCACUUUCUCAAGAGGUUUAAUCAAGGGACCAUAUGUUUUAGAUAUAUAUAGCAUGAAGUUUUGAAAGCUGUAGGCAUAUCUCAAAAUAAAAACAUACCAAAACAUUUCAGUCAUUAUCUCACAGAAUUAAACUGUGAGAUUUUGCUUUGACUGUAUAUGAUCAAUGGCAGCAACCGAAAUUGAUAUUCCAGAUUUUUUAUCCUCAAAGAAAGAUGAAAGGGAAGAUUACGGUUUGUCAAGUGAAAUUUUGGAAGAAAAAAUUGCAGAAUUUUCUGGUAACAAAGUGAAGCAACUUGAAGUGGCAGAUACUGUAAAUACAGAACAACUGGAAACUGAGAGUGAAACUUUUUUCCAAGCACACUCAGUACCCAUUGUCAGUGCUGAUGAAGGCACAACAGAAAGUUGCAAGGCUGCCACUACAGAAGAUCAGGAAGAAAGAAAGUCUACAGAGAUUCAAGAAGCCAAACCAUUUCAUGAUCAUAGUGUCCAGAUUGUUGCCUCUAAAGAAGAAACAGAGGAGGACAAGUCUAUUAAUUCACAAGAGGACCAAAGAGAGCAAAAAACUGAGGGAAGUGUAGAGUCUUGUUCAGAAAUUAAGCAAGAGGAAGAUACUGAAGAAAUCAAACCAAAUGUUGAACCAGAUGAGAAAAAGGAUAGCAUCGCAGUGAAAACAGAACCUCAGAUAGAAAGUGAUGAUGGUAUAAAGGACGCAACAUUUGAAGGAGGCUUACAAGAAAAAAGCUACCACAGUGAAGGUAAUGCUGUUAAAACUAAAGAACAUAUAGAAGAUGAUGUUGAAGGAACGACCUUUCAACAUGCUACCACAGUGGCUUAUGUCGAAGAGGGGCAGACUUUGAAUGCAGCACCUAAAGAUAUCCCCAAGGAAGAAGAAGUAGAGGACAUAAGAAUUGAUCCUCAAGAGGCAAGUGAGAAGUGUGAGAAUGGAGCAAAGGAAGAAAGAGAACAAGAGCAUGAAGAAAGUGUCGAUAAAUUUGUACAGUCUUCUUCAGAGAUUGAGCAAAAGGAAGAUACUGAAGAAAUCAAACCAAGUGUUGAAACAGAGGAGAAAACAGAACUCAUACCUGAUGAUUGCAUCACAUCACAACCAGAGCCUCAUGUAGUAAGUGCAGAACAUGAAAUGAAAAAUGAUGAAGCAAUUCAGAGUGAAGAAACCGGUUUACAAAAAGCUGAAUAUAAAGAAGAGGUAAAACAUUCUGAUAGUUCUUUAACAGAGAUCAAGUCUGAAAGCCCCAUUGUAAAAGAAGUAAGUGAAGAGACUGUUUCAGAGAAGACUGGAUAUGAAGAAGGGUUACAGCUUUCGGACAGUUCCAAUAUUGCCCUGAAAGAGAAUGAAAUAGGAAGCAAAGUUGAAGAUGAAGAAAAGGAACAAGAGGACAAAUCAAGUGAUGCUCAAGAGGCAAGCGAGCAGUAUGAGAAUGAAGCAAUUUCAUCUAGUGUCGAAACAAAAGAAAAUGAAGAAAAGGCUGAUGAAGUAUGUGAACCUGAAGAAGUACAAAAAGAAUUUGAAAGUUUCAGUAAGAAUAAAAUAGUGAGCAAAGAGGAGAAUCAAGAAAAGGAACAAGAGCUCAAAAUGUCAGAAGAAGUCCAAGGUAGUGGAGAUGAUGUUAUAAGCUCACAGAAUGCAUCCAGUGAGGAUAUAAAAGAAACAAUAAUUGGUCAACAAACUACCCCAGUGGCUAAUAUUGAGUUUGAGGAGCAGGAUCAGAGUGCAAUUACUAAAGAGAUAAUCAGGGAAGAAGCGGAGCAUAAAACAAGUGAUGCUCAAGAGGCAAGCGAGGAGUGUGAGAAUGGAGCGAAGGAAGAAAGAGAACAAAAGUCUGAGGAAAAUGUCAACAAAUUUGUACAUGAAGAGACCAGUUUAGAGAAAGUUGAAUAUGAAGAAGAGGUCAAACAUUCUGAUAGUUCUAAUGUAGAGAUCAACGAGAAAACACUACCGAUUUUAAGCAAAGAUGAAGAUCUAGAAAGGAAACAAGAGGGCAACACAUUAGAAAAAGACCAAGGUGAGGAUACUGUUACAAGCUCACAUGAUGCAACUUAUGAAGGAGACUUAAAAGAAAGAGAACACCACAGUGAAGGUAAUGAACCUGAAGUUGUUAAAACUAAAGAAAGUAUAGGGGAAGAUAUUGAAGAAAUCAGAACUAGUGAAGAGACUAUCUUAGAGAAGGUUGAAUCUGAAGAAGGGUUACAAUUUUAUGACAGUUCCAAUAUCGCUUUGAAUGAGAAUGAAAUAGCAUAUGAAGAAAAGGAACAAGAGGUUUACGUUUCAGGAAAAGGACAAGGUGAUGGGGAUGAUGUUACAAGUUCACAAGAUGCAACAUGUGAGGAUAUAAAAGAAACAACGAUUGAUGAGCACGCUACCGAAGUGGCUUAUUUUGAGGAGGCACAGAGUCUAAGUCCAAUGCCUAAAGAGAUCCUCAAGGAAGAAGCAGAGGACAAACCAAGUGAUGCUCAAGAGGCAAGCGAGAAGUGCGAUAAUGAGGCAGAGGACAAAAGUGAGCAAAAGCCUGAGGAAAUUGUAAACAAAAGUGUAAAGUCUUCUUCAGAAACAGAGCAAGGGGAAGAUACUGAAGAUAUCAAACCAAGUGUUGAAACGGAGCAACAAGCAAGCGAGCUGUAUGAGAGUGGAGCAAACGAAAAAAUAGAACAAAAUCCUGAGGAAAUUGUCAACAAAAUUGAAGAUACUGAAGAAAUCAAGCCAAGUGUGGAAAUAGAUGAAAAGGAGCAAGUGAAGAUUACAGACUAUGAAGAAGAUGUGAUUGAAGUAUGUGCAGAAAGUCACUUAGAGAAGGGUAAAUUUGAAGGGGUAGAACCUUCUGACAAUGAUAAAGAUCAAGAAAAAGAAAAAGAAGAAGAGUCCAUCAUUUCAGAAGAAAACCAAGGAAAAGAUGCUGUCACAUGCUCACAAGAUGCAACCUCUAUAGAGGACUUACCCAUAUUUGUCAAACCUAGAGAGAAUAUAGAGGAAGAUACUGAAGAAAUCAAAUCUAGUGCUGAUACAAAAGAUGAUAUAAAGAUUGAUGAAGAGGCAUUAGUGAAUGAUGAUGAUCAAACAAAGAAGUCUGAAAGCCCCUUGGUGAAGGAAGUAUCUGAAGCGACAAGCUCAGAGAAGGCUGAAUCUGAAUUGAAUGAGAACGAAAUAGUGAGCAAAGAGGAAAAUCAAGAAAAGGAACAAGAGGUUAAAAUGUCAGAAGAAGUCCAAGGUGGUGGAGAUGAUGUUACAAGCUCACAGAAUGCAUCCAGUGAGGAUAUAAAAGAAGCAAUAAUUGGUCAACAGGCUACCCCAGUGGCUAAUAUCGAGUUCGAGGAGCAAAAUCAGAGUGUGAUUGAUGCUCAAGAGGACAAAAAAGAACAAAAGUCUGAGGAAAGUGACAACAAAAUUGUACAGUCUGGUUCAGAAAUUGAGCAAGAGAAAGAUACUGAAGAAACCAAACCAAGUGUUGAAACCGAGCAACAAGUAUGUGAAGAGGCUAGUUCAGAGAAAAUUGAAUAUAAAGAAGAGGUGAACUACUCUGAUAGUUCUAAUACAGAGACCAUGGUGAAGGAAGUAUGUGAAGAGACUGUCUCGGAGAAGAUUGAAUCUGAAGAAGGGUUAAAACUUUCUGACAGUGUAAAUAUCGAUCUGAAUGAAAACAAAAUAGCAAGCAAAGUUGAAGAGGAAGAAAAGGAACAAGAGGUUUAUGUGUCAGGAAAAGGUUUAGGGGAUGAUGUUACGAGUUCACAAGAUGCAAUAUUUGAGGAUAUAAAAGAAACAACAACUGGUGAGCAUGUUACUACAGUGGCCUAUUUAGAGGAGGAACAGGCUCUAAACUCAACGCCUAAGGAGAUCCUUAAGGAAGAAGCAGAGGACAAAUCAAGUGAUGUGCAAGAGGCAAGCGAGCAGUAUGAGAGUGGAGCAAACGAAAAAAUAGAACAAAAUCCCAAGGAAAUUGUCAACAAAAUUGAAGAUACCAAAGAAAUCAAGCCAAGUGUGGAAACAGAUGAAAAGGAGCAAGUGAAGAUUACAGACGAUGAAGAAGAUGUGACUGAAGUAUGUGAAGAAACUCACUUAGAGAAGGGUAAAUUUGAAGGGGUAGAACCUUCUGACAAAGAUGAAGAUCAAGAAAAAGAAAAAGAACAAGAGUCCAUCAUUUCAGAAGAAGACCAAGGAAAAGAUGAUGUCACUUUCUCACAAGAUGCAACCUCCUCUAUAGAGGACUUACCAGAAACAAAAUAUGAUGAUGAAGGUAAGGAACCCGAAUUUGUCAAACCUAGAGAGUAUAUAGAGGAAGAUACUGAAGAAAUCGAAUCUAGUGUUGAUACAAAAGAUGAUAUAAAGAUUGAUGAAGAGGCAUCAGUGAAUGAUGAUGGUCAAACAGAUAAGUCUGAAAGCCCAUUGGUCAAGGAAGUGUCUGAAGUAACAGGAUCUGAGAAGGCUGAAUCUGAAUUGAAUGAGAAUGAAAUAGUGAGCAAAGAGGAGAUUCAAGAAAAGGAACAAGAGCUUAAAAUGUCAGAAGAAAUCCAAGGUGGUGGAGAUGAUGUUACAAACUCGCAGAAUGCAUCCAGCAAGGAUAUAAAAGAAACAAUAAUUGAUGCUCAUGAGGACAAAAGGGAACAAAAGUCUGAGGAAAGUGACAGCAAAAUUGUACAGACUUGUUCAGAAAUUGAGCAAGAGGAAGAUACUGAAGAAAUCAAACCAAGUGUUGAAACCGAGCAAAAAGAAUUGUUGCAUGAUGAUUGCAUCACAUCACAAACAGAAUCUCAGGUAGAAAGUGAAGAACAUGAAGUAAAAAGUGACGAGCCUAUUCAGAGUGAUGAUGGUCAAAAGGAAAAUGUUGACAGCUCCCCAGUCAAUGAAGUAUACAACGAGUCCGCUACAGAGAAAGUUGAAUAUAGCGAAGAGGUAAAAGAAACAACAAAUGAGAAAGAAAUAGCGAGCACAGUUGAAGAUGAAGAAAAGGAACAAGAGGUUUAUGUGUCAGGAAAAGGUUUUGGGGAUGAUGUUACAAGUUCAAAAGAUGCAAUGUGUGAGGAUAUAAAAGAAACAACAGUUGGUCAACAUGAGACCACAGUGGCCUAUUUAGAGGAGGGACAGGCGAUAAGUUUAAUGCCUAAAGAGAUCCUUAUGGAAGAAACAGAGGAAAAAUCAAGUGAUGCUCAAGAAGAGACCAUGGAAACUGAAGAAAAUAAUAAAGAGUCUAUUAAGGAGGUUUAUGAGGAGACUACCACGGAGGUAUCCGAUGAGACUAGCUCAAAAAAGGUUGAAUCUGAAGAAGAGGUAAAAGCUAUAGGAACUUUCAAGGAUGAAGAACAAGAAAAGGAUCAGGUUGACAUAUCAACAGAAGGUCAAGGUGAGGAUAAUGUAACAAGCUCACAGGUUGCAGCCUUAGAAGAAGACUUGCAAGAAAAGAACUACCAAGAAGGUAAAGAACCUGAAUUUGUUGAAACGAGAGAAAGUGUAGAGGAAAAAACUGAAGAAAUCGAAUCAAGUAUCGAAACAAAAGAAAAUAUGGAGCAACAAGGGUUGCUGCAUGUCAUUACUACUGAUGUUUGCAGCUCAUCAGAAAUAGAACCUAAAGAAGAAACUAUGGAAAAUGAAGAAAAGAUUGAGGAAGAUGCUAUAGUCAAUAAUGAUGGUCAAACAGAUAAGUCUGAAAGCCCAUUGGUUAAGGAGGUGUGUGAAGUGACAGGAUCAGAGAAGGCUGAAUCUGAAUUGAAUGAGAAUGAGAUAGUGAGCAAAGAGGAAAAUGAAGAAAAGGAACAUGAACUCAAAAUGCCAGAAGAGGUCCAAGGUGGUGGGGAUGCUGUUACAAGUUCAGAAGAUGCAACGUGUGAGGAUAUACAAGAGUCAACAAUUGGUCAACAUGUUACCACAGUGGUUGAUUUUGAGGAGAGCAAAGAUGAUAGUGCAUUGACCAAAGAGAUCCUCAAGGAAGAAACAGAAGACAAAUCAAUUCAUGCUCGAGAGGCAAGCGAGCAGGAUGAUGAUAAUGGAGCAAAAGAUAAAAUAGAAGAAAAUCCCGAAGAAAGUGCCAACAUAAUUUUUGAGCAAGAGAAGUAUACUGAAGAAAUCAAACCAAGUGUUGAAACAGAUGAAAAGGAGCAACAGGAAGUAUGUGAAGAGACUGACUUAAAGAAGACUGUAUCUGAAGAAGGGAUAAAUUCUGAUAUGUAUCAGAAUGAGAAAGAAAUAGAAAUUUUAAGCAAAGAUGAAUAUCAAGAAAAGGAACAAGAGCUCAACAUUCCAGAAAAAGACCAAGGUGAGGAUGAAGUUAUAUGCUCACAGGAUACAGUUGCAGCCUCUGAGGACGUAUUUUUUGAAACUAGAGAAAGUAUGGAGGAAGAUAAUGAACUUAUAAGCACAAAUGUUGAAACAGAGGAAAAAGUAGAGAAAGAAGAGUUGCCACAUGCCAUCACAACUGAUGUUUUCACAUCAGCACAAGUGGAAUCUCAAGAAGAGACAACAGAAACCGAAGAAAAGAACAAAGAGCCUAUUGAUCAUGAUGAUGGUCAGAUGGAAACGCCUCCCAUCCACUCUGUCAAAGAGGUAUGUGAUGAGACUAGUUUGGAAAAGGUUGAAUCUGAAGAAGGGAUAAAAGCAAUAGAAACUUUUAAAGAUGAAGAUCAAGAAAAGGAUCAGGUCAACAUGUCGGCAGAAGGUCAAGGUGAGGAUAAUGUAACAACCUCACAGGUUGCAGCAUUAGAAGAAGACUUGCAAAAAAAGAACUACCAAGAAGAAGGUAAAGAACCUGAAUUUUUUGAAACUAGAGAAAGUAUAGAGGAAGACACUGAAGAAAUCAAAUCUAGUAUUGAAACCAUAGAAAAAAAGGAGGAUGUAGUCAAUGAUGAUGGUCAAACAGAAAAGUCUGAAAGCUCCCUGGUUAAGGAAGUCCAUGAAGUGACAGGAUUAGAAAAGGCUGAAUCUGAAUUGAAUGAGGAUGAAACAGUGAGCAAAGAGGAAAAUCAAGAAAAAGAAAAAGACCUCAAAAUGUCAGAAGAAGUCCAAGAUGGUGGAGAUGAUGUUACAAGCUCACAGAAUGCAUCCAGUGAGGAUAUAAAAGAAACAACGAUUGGACAACAUGCUACCACAGUGGCCAAUACUGAGGAGAGGCAGGAGCAGACAGAAAUGACUAAAGAGAUCUUCCUUGAAGAUCUUGAAACUGUUUCUGAGGUACAAAUCCCUGGAGUGGGGCCCGAGUCAGAAGAUUCAAACAUGAAAGAAGAGUGUCUUACAACAGCAACGCAUGUGGAUGAAGAAAAAGAAACAGAAACAAAAGAAGUUUCAAGUGCAGAGACAACAGAAAUUGGUGAAAACAAAUCACUGUAUGAAAAAGAGGAUGUUACACAAGAAAAUCAACUUAAUAGCACCGAAGACUGCAGUGAGAUAUCAAAGGAUGUCAUCUUGACUAAAGAGAUUGAACAGGUACCUUUAGAGACACAAAAGGAAAAGGGAACAGAUGACCUCGAAGAACAGAUUGUUGAGGAAUAUAGUAAUUCCACAGAGCUACACGAGAAAUCAACAGAAGAUCAAAAGGCACCUGUGAUAUCAUAUUCAGAUCCAUCAGAAAUCGAUGAGUCACCCAAACAGGCUCUUGAAUCUGUUUGUGAUGUACAAACCCCUGAAGUAGUUGCUGAUUCAGAAGACUCAAAAGUGAAAGAAGAGAGCAUUGUCUCAGCAACAACCGAGUAUACAGAUGAAAACAAUGGAGAGAAAGAACAUGAAGUUAGAGCUAAUGAAACUUCAAGUACAGAGAAUCUAGAACUACAUGGAGAACUCAAACCCACGUCUGAGAUGGUGAUAGAAGAAUACCAGGUUAAGGAAACAAAGCCUCAACCAGAACAAUCAGACAUCACCCCUGAAAACAUCAUGGAGAAUGUCAUCUUGCCUGAAAAGGAUUUAGCAGAUGAAAAGACAACAACAUCAGAUGAAAAGAAAUUAAUCGAUGAGGUGUCGUCAGAGCUUUAUCAACCUAAAGGACAAAUUGUUGAGGAGAUACAGGCAGGUCCAACUGAAACCAUAAGUGAAACUAUAGAAGAGGAAAUCACAAAAAAGGAUGAAUAUUUAUCCCAUGAAAGUAUAGAGAAUCCAAAUGACACUACAACUAAAGAAGAAAAGUGCUUUCAAGAUGCAAGAACAAGGGAGAUUGAACCUGUUGAGCAACAGAAUGAUGGUCUGGAUGAAGUAUCAAAUGAAAAAUCUACGGAUUCAAAUGAAACAACAGAAGUCGAACCUCAAGAAGAUAUUGUACCCUCAAGUUCAUUAGUAACUUCAUCAGUGCCCAAGGCAGAAGAUUCAAACCUUAAAGAAGACUGUCUUACAUCAGCAACAGCAACAUAUGCGGAUGAAGAGAAAGAAACUGUAACAAAAGAAACUUCAAGUGAUGAGAAAACAGAACAGACAACAGAAAUUGGUGCAGAUGAUUCAUUGUAUGAAAAAGAAGAUAUGAAAGAGGAUGUUACACAAGAAAAUCAGCUUAAUAGCACAGAAGACUGUGGUGAGAUGUCAAAGGAUGUUAUCUUGAAUGAAGAGGUGCCUUUAAAUAUACCAAAGGAAAAGGAAACAGACGACCUCAAGAAACAGAUUGUUGAGGAAGAUAGUCAUUCCACAGAACUUCAGGAGAAAUCAACAGAAGAUCAAAAGGAAAUGGCACAUGUGAUACCAUAUUCAGAUCCAAUACCUGUUGGGGUCUCUGAGGUUAGAACCGAUGAAAUUUCAACUGAAGAGACAUCAGAAAGUAAGCAAGUUGCAGAAUACCUUUCAAUAUCAUCUCGUGAUGCAGUUUUCAUUAAAGAGGAUCUUGAAGUAAUCAAACCCACAUCUGAAUCAGUGAUAGAAGAAGAUGAGGUUAAGGAAACAAAACCUGAACCAGAACAAUCAGACAUCACCUCUGAAAACAUCAUUAAGCAUACAAGUGAAAAGGAAUUAGCAGAUGAGAAAAGAGAUAUGGAAGAGGAUGUUACACUUGCACCUGAAAAUCAGAUUUACAACACAGAAAAUCAAAAUGAGACAAUCAAGAAUAUCAUCUUGACUGACGAGGUUGCAGUGGAGACUGAAAAAGAAGAGGAAAAAAAUGAAGUCGAUGAACAUGUUUCUGAGGAAGAUAUAUGUCCUCCAGAACUCGAUAAGACAUCGACAUUAAAUCAAAAGGACCUAGCUGAUGAGAUAGAAUACUCAAAGCCGAUACCAGCUGGAAACAAUGAAGUCAAAGAAGUGAAAGCAGAAAGCCCAACAGAACUAGAAAAUAUACAGUCUGCAGAAGCCCCUGAUCUUGAGUUUGAGAAGAAAGAAAAGGAUGAUGAACUGAUAUCUGAAAUACAAACUUCUGAAACAACUCUCAAGAUGGAGAUGGAGGAAGAACAUCCUGAAGUAACAAAUGACACGUGUCAAACACUUGUGGAUGGGUCAUUAAGUGAGAAGAAACUUGUGUCCAUUGUACCACCUGAAGAACUUGCAUCUUCAACCGUUGAAGACCAAACAAAUGAACUAGUACUGGAAACAGAUAAGACAAAGGUUGAGCACAGCAGCAUAAGCAACAAGGAUCAGAAUCUAGAAUUCACAGAGGAAGAGUUUCCAAAGAUUUUGGUGACAGAAGAAAAGACAUUGGAAGAAGAUGCAAGCAGGGAGAAAGAAACACUAAGCGAAUCACAAGCAGAUGACCUCACGAAAACCACUUCUGAUUCGAUAUCGAGUCCUGCAGAGCAAGGUAUAGAAGUUAGAUAUGAGGAGAGCAGAGGCUAUGAUGAUAUACACAAACUUGAAGAAAAGCCAACUGAAGUUUUUGAAAUUGCAUCUGAGGUUGCUGAAAUAGUCCCUGAGGGUAGCAAAGUUUCUGAAAAUUUACCAGGAAAUGUUCAGGAAGCUUCCCACAUGAUGCUUCUAGAGAAAAAUGACCCAGAAACUACUACUACCAUUGAGAAAAUUACACCUGAAGUUGCUGUAAUAGAUGUUCAAAAGCGUGAGAAGGACUUUGAUUAUACACCAGAAGCAAUAAAUGUUGAUGCCGUGCACAAUGCAAAAUGCUCUGAUAUUCAAAGUGUGCAGAAAAAAGAAGUAGAUGAAAACAUAGAGAGAGAAAUUCCAACUGAAAAGGAACCCUUGGAACUUGAUGCACCUGUGACUCCUGGUACUACAGCUACAGAGGACUUGGAGAUUUCACCGAAACAUGUAACAGAUGACCUUAUAAAAAUAAGUAAAAUUCAGCCGGAAAUACAAACAUCUGAAGGUUCAGCUUGCACUGUGGAUAACCAGUCCUCAAAUAAACCACAUCUAGAUGAGAGUAUAGAGAGAAAGCUCUUAACUGGAAACAAAGAUGUGGCAAAUGAGCAAGGGGGGCCAACUACAAAGCCAUUGAUUGCUGAGGCAGAUGAUUUAAAAGCCACUAAAUCUUCAGGAACCGAAUCACAAUGCAGCAGUGAAGCUUUCGGAGAAGAGAAGAAAAUGGGUGAUGAAAAAGAAAAGUCUCAAACAGCAGUGGCUGAAAACUUGAUUGAAGAAAGAGAGACAGCUCUGACAAAAGAUCAGCAAGUAGACAAAGAAGAAACUGGUGAGAAGGGAACAAAAACAGAUGAAGAGAAUGAAGAAGAGGAUGAAGAAGAUAACCAAAUGAUUGAUGCUCCGGUUAUGGUAGAAGCAUCGAAAGACAUUGAAGUCAAGACUCCUAAGAAAUCUCAUAAUAUAUUGUCAGGUGUUGGGUCAAAAGUUAAGCAUUCAAUCGCCAAGGUGAAGAAAGCAAUAACUGGUAAGUCUUCUCCUUCAAAACCACCAUCACCAAAAGAGAAAGAUCAAGUGAUUACUUAGCAAGACAUAUCAGUAUGUAAAUUUUCCAAGAAAGAAAAAAAGCAACUGUGAUAAAUGGUUCAAAUGGAACUCACCGCAUUACAUGCUUGAUGAAUGUGGGGAAAAGGCCUUUGAUUUCGAUUAAGGAUCAAGCCUAGGAGGAAGCAAUUGUUAGACGUGUCCCUUUUUUUAAGUAUAGGUAGAAGAGUGAGAUGAAUGCAGUAUUAUUUUGCAUAUACAUUGUGUGCUUGAGUGAACUGUGUGAAACUAGUGUUUUGUAAAUCGAAUUUUCCUUAAAACUUAUGUGAUGACAGUC